AGAGAGAGAGAGGAAGUGAUGGUGUGAUAAUCAGAGUGGUACCUGUCUGUCAGUCCCCCAUUAUUCAGUCCAUUUCAAGCCAAACAGUCUGAAGAGAAGUCCAGAAUUCGUGGAGAGAUAAGUCAUGAUGUCUGAUUCCAGGGUAUCAGCGGCUAUUCAGGAGUGGGUGAGUUCAUACUCGGGUCAGUCCAGUGGUGCGACCCUGAGUCCUGUCCCUCCCCACCAGACUGCACCGAACAGCCAGAUGACUCAGAUGGACAUGAUCUCGUACAGCCAGUCUCAGGGGCUCAUAAGGGGGGGAAUUGAUGACAGAGUGGCUGAGCAAAUGAUGGGACUUUCGUACCUACCAUACACAACGACCUGUCUCAGCAACACCUCCAACUCAGGAAGUACAAACCACCAGAGCCAUGCCAGCACUCAGCAGGACUUCUCGCCCUUCUUGCUGCCUACUCUGCGUGCCCCAGUGACCAAGAGAAGCAUCAGCAAGGACAGUGAAGAGUACCGCCAGAGACGUGAGAGGAACAACAUCGCAGUGAGGAAGAGCCGGGACAAGGCCCGAAGGAGGAUCAUGAUGACCCAGCAAAGGGCCAUGCAGCUGCAGGAGGAAAACCAGAAGCUGCAGAUGAGGAUAGGACAGCUCACGCAGGAGCUGGAAACUAUGAAACAUAUCCUGUCACAGAGGCACCUGCACGGAGCCGAAGAUGGAGGAUCUGCAGAGUCCAACGUCUGAACAGAGAAACACAUUCACACUUACAACAGUUAUUAUUAGCGUGUGCAGGUAGGCCUCCAGACAAAAGCCUAACUGUGGAUUUUUUACAUUUCCACUAAUAUUUGUGAUAAAUUGAGAAAUGAAAAGGUGCUCUUCAUGGUGCACUUCUUUGUAUAGAAACAUGUACAUUUUAAUUACAGUUGUGUUAUAAAAGUGUAAGCAGACAAACCCAAACUCAUUGCUGUAGAUCACUGGGGACAGUAAGGCUGGGCACUUCUUUUAAUGUAGUCAUAAGCUUUAAGCUUUCAUAAUUUAGCCACCUUUAAGCUUGACAUUCAAUACAGCUUUAUUUGUAAAGAGCCAGUUUACAACAAAUUCACUGUAUGACAUUUAAGUCCAAUGCAAAUCAAAUUCAGUAUAACCCAAAUUCCAGUUCAUUUUAUUUAUGUUAAUUUAAAGCCUAUUCAUAAAGAGUCAAUUAGCUAAACCAGUUGUGUGCCGAUGUUGCAAAGCUAUCUUUAACUGUGCUAUAAUGUUCAACACAGCACAUAUAGUUUUACAGAAAUUAACAAAAAGCAUGCCUUUAAUUAUUAUUAUGGUGAUCAUAAACUUGCUAGCUAGCAACAGCAGGUUUGAUCAGCUACUGCUAGCUAGCAAAUGACGGACUAAUGCUACUGUUUGGUCAGCAGAGUUGUUAAAAUGCAAAAUCUCAUCAAUGUUUAGAACUUGAAAAAACUUCAUGACUUUGUUUGCAUUUGUUUUCUCCCCCUUAAAUAUAUAUGUAUAUAUGUCCACUUGUACACAGGGAUUUUGAUAAUUAUUUUUUAUUUUAUUUUAUUUAUUUUUUUGUGCCUUUUGUACACACAGAGUUUUGGGGCACUAAAACUUUUAUUUUAGGAAAGCAACUUCCAGGAUGAAGAUUUUCAGAUAAUCCAGCUGUUACAUUUAACUGGUAUUUUUGGCUUGUAGUGUCAGACUGUGCGCUAGCAUCUGUGCAUCCUGCACGCCAAUAUGCACCAUUUACUCCUUUGUUUACAUGGCAUGACAAUGCUAAUGCAGUUAAUAGCAUAUUCAGUUUAGUCGCAGAUUAUACUAAAGAAUGAAAACAUUUUUGAGGACAGCGCUACAUAAACCAACAUUCCUAUGACACAAAAACAUUUUUAGAUUAAUUGGAUGCUGUGUUUUUACUUCUUCUUUGGCAGCUGAUUGGCCAACAUAGCAUCAGCGAGUGGGGCUUUAUUGCCAAUCAGGCUGUGCAUCUUCUUGUGGACGAAGAGUUUUUUUUAACAGGCUUUUUAAACAUAUAUAGAAAUGAAAACAUCUGUUCAGCAUAAGUUAUAAAUAGUGAGCUGUAACUGGCCUAAAUUCAUGUUAAGCUGUUUUAUAAAUAAAGAAAUAAAUUAAAAAUUAUGCUGUAAAAUUAAAUUAGCAGGCAACAAAAAGCUAACUAAAUACAAUUAAGUAAAUUAAUUGACAAAGUGUAAAACCACAUUUAAAGAAUUGCGAGGCUUCAGAUGACCUUUAUGAAACUGUGGCUGUACAUCGGUGCUUUUAGGAAGCUCAUUACACAACUGACCUUUUUGACAAAGAAAGACCAGGACGUAUGUCCAUGGAUGUCCAUGCUCAUCUAUAUUCUUGGUUUUAAAUGUAGGGAUGUGAGACAGAGAAACAUUAAUGGAAUUAAAAACACACAUAAGACCGUGAAUGUGGGGAAAUGCUUGUGUAGAUUAAAAAUGAAAUAAAACAGGCUGGUUUGUGAUAGAGUUUAAUUUGAUAAUCAUUGCUUAAACAUAUACCUGACUUGUCUUUGUCAGAGCUGAUUAAAAGUGAUGUUGCCCAACAGAGUUACCCAACAAUCUGUGGUUUGUUGCGGAUUCAAAGAAAUCUAUGUGUAGGAUCUUUAUAAAUGUUGUGUAUUUUACCAUUAUAUGAUUAAGGAAUUACUUGAAAUGAUUUUUUAAUAAAGAUUACACUUUU